CAGGUUCAUCUCGUUGCUUAUUUACAAAUUAAACCAUCAUGUCAUCAAAUUUACGUGAUUUAGAGUUAUUAUCGGACGAUGAGGCCCUUUUUGAAGAACUCGAAAAAGAAGAAGACAACGAUGUUGCUUCCAUGAGAGAAAGAAGAAUCAAAGAAAUUCAAGACGAAUUAAAAAGACGUCAUGGUAGAGCCGAGAACAAUCAUGGAUUAUAUACCGAUAUUACUAAAGAAAAAGAAUUCAUGGAUAUCACCACGUCUGAAAAGUAUGUUGUAGGCCAUUUUUACCACAAGGAUUUCAGAAGAUGCAAAAUCAUGGAUACACAUCUUGAGACUUUAGCUCAAAAAUACUACGAUACCCGUUUCAUCAAAAUCGAAGUACAAAAUGCACCCUUUUUGGUAGAAAAACUUCAGGUCAAGGUCUUACCUUGUGUCAUGGCUUGGGUGAAUGGAUAUGCUCAGACAAAGAUGGUUGGGUUUGAUGAUUUGGGUUGCACUGAUAGUUUUGCUACAGCUGCCUUGGAAUUAAAAUUAAUUCAUGCUGGUGUCUUAAAAAAGAAGGAGGAAACCAUUCAAAACGUCCAAAAGUCUAUUUUCCAAUCCAAUGAUACAGAUUCCGAUUUAGAUGAUGAAUAAUAAAAAAAGUGUUUUAUUAAAAUUAAGUGUGUUAUUACAGGGAAUAUCAUGACUAGAUUGAUAUUCUUUCCAAGUCUAUUUCUUGGUCAUUGUGGCAAGU